AUGCCACAUCAGAUCACCCUCCUCCUCCUCCUGCUGCUGCACGUGGCUCUGAUGCUGCACAGCCUGCCGGCAGAAGCUGUGCGCGUCCGCAAGAAGGCCCCCAGGACCUGGUCCUGCCUGGACCUGCCGGAGGAGAUCCUGGAGCAGAUGUUUGGGCGCCUCUCGGUGGGCGUGAUGAGCGCUUUUCACCACGCGCUGCAGCUGGAGCCGCGGGACAAACUCAACCUGACCUGCCCGACGGCGACACGAGACGCACGAGACGAAACGUCGUCGCGUAAAUGGGUCUCCAGUCUCCGGCUGGUUCGUCUGCAGACGCUCUGCCUGAAGAAGAUCUCCUACGACCCGGCCCGGUACCCUCGCUACAUCCCGGAGGCCUGCUGCCUGUGCCAAGGCUGCCUGGCCGGGCCGCACGGUGAGGACCGCCGGCGGCUCCGCAGCACGCCGGUCUUUGCUCCCUCCGUCGUCCUGAGGAGGACCGGCUCCUGCGCCGGGGGCCGACACUCCUACGCCGAGGUCUACGUCUCCAUCCCGGUGGGGUGCACCUGCGUGCUGCGGCUGGAGAAGGACCGGGACGGCCGGGCCGCCAACCAGAGCCUGGACCGGGCGCCGCUCAAGGCCGGGAGGCUUCUGUCCGGGGGGAAGAAAGUAUGA